UGACAGUUCGCAUAAAUUAUAAAUGAUUUUAUGUACAUGCGCAGCCAUUCGCUUCCCUCGACUUGACCCUAUAAAAGACGACAGAAGAUAAAGGCAAGAGGCAAACGGACACGCAGCUAGCUGAACAGCAAAUAGCUGGCCCCUAGUGAAAGUGGACCAUAUAAAAUGAUUAAAUUGCAAGUGAAAAUAAUUCUGUGGAUUUUUAUAAUUUCGGCAACACUUUUACGUGGCGCGCAAAUUGAAAACAUAAAUUCCAAUGAGCUGCUCGCCUUCGAAGACUUUCUGCGUGCCCAGCACUUGAAGCAUGCUCUGCUUCUCGGCUCCGGACUUCAGCCCAGGCCCAACUGCACCGAGCAAAUUGAAAACUAUAAGAGAUUGUUCGCCAACUAUAGAAUGCAGUUUUUUACACCCAAAAAGGGCGCACAAUUCCGUGAAUUGUUUUACUACGCGGCUCCACGUACUGCGCUGCUAGUGCCGGCCUUUGGGGAUGAACACAUUAAGCGCUGGGUCUACGAGGCGGCCUCAAGAGAGGGUUUCUUCAACAAUAGCCAGGCUUGGCUAAUGCUGGGCUACAGCCAUACAAGUCGCUCAGAUGAGCAGAUCAUUAUGCAGCACUUGUCUGCGUAUAACAUAAAUAUCGAUGCUGAUAUAACCGUGGCCAUGCGUUCAGCACAGGCGAAAAACUGGAUGUUGUACGAUGUCUACCGUGUGGCUCCACAGAUGCCGCUAAGUGUAGAGGUCAAAGGGCACUGGAGCCGAGCUGGCGGCUAUCAGCUUCGGGCGAGCUAUAGAGACAGCUGGAUGCGGCGACGUAUAAACCUGCACAACAUAACGCUAAUAGGCAGCACGGCGUUAAUCGAGAAGCCGGCAGGUAUGGACGAUGUGAGUUAUCUGAGCAACGACAGAGAGUUGCUGCAACUGGAUCCCAUGCAGCGCAAAACAUAUCAACUUUUUCUGCUAAUGGCGCGCAUGUAUAACAUGAGCCUGGAGGUGCGCUUUCGCAAGACUUGGGGCCAACUGCUGCCCAACGGCAGCUGGUCGGGCGUGAUGGGCCACAUAAUCAGCGGUGAGGCAGACUUUGCCAUCUGCCCCAUUCGAUUUGUGACCGAAAGGCAUCGCUAUAUACAGUACACGCCAGCGCUACAUACCCAAUUCAUUCACUUUUUGUUUCGCCAUCCACGUCAUAACAGCAUACGCAACAUUUUCUUCGAGCCGCUGAGCACAGAAGUGUGGUGGUGCGUCCUAUUUCUGAUGGUGGGCAGCGGCUUGUUGUUAGUACUGCACGUACGGCAGGAACGCCGACUGCAGCAACCAGUGGGCCAGGCAAUAGACCGGCCAGUGUCUUUUGUGUGGUUCAUCAUGCUGGAGACGUACCUGCAACAAGGCCCUGCAACGAAUCAGUUCCAGCUGCAAUCGACCCGACUGCUGAUUAGCGCCAGCUGCAUCUUCAGCUUCAUGCUCAUGCAGUUCUACGGCGCUUUCAUUGUGGGCUCCCUGUUGUCAGACAUGCCGCGAAGCAUUGUCAAUCUGCAGGCGCUUUUUGAGAGCGAACUGGAGAUCGGCAUGGAGGACAUUGCCUACAACUUUGAGCUGUUUACCAACACUAGUAAUCAGUUAGUGCGCGAUGUUUAUAGCCACCGCAUCUGCCGAAAUCGUCCACCCAACAUCCUGUCCAUCGAGGAGGGUGCACAGCGCAUCAAGCGCGGUGGCUUUGCCUUCCACACGGCCAUCGAUCGUCUGUACCGCCUUCUCAAUGAGCUGCUAGACGAGCGGCUCUUCUGCGAGUUGCAGGAGAUCAUGUUCAGCCCACCGUAUCUGGGUGCCUCAAUUAUGCCGAAGAACUCGCCUUGGCGCGAACAUCUUAACUUUGCGAUUCUCUACAUGGGUGAAACGGGUCUGAUUGGAUACAACGACCGAAUUUGGACUGUGCACCGGCCUGACUGUACGCUUUUCAAGGACUCCGAAGUAGAGGUGGACCUCAAGCACUUUGCGCCCGCACUCUUCACCCUAAUCCUGGCUAUGCUAGUCAGCGCGUCGGUCUUUAUGCUGGAGCUUUUCUUCAGUUGGCUCAAGGCUCCCACUAAGAAACCUGCCGCUAGAGAGUAGCAAAGAUUAUGCGUUAGCAUCUUUAAUGCUGUAGUAAUAAAAAUGUGCUUUAAUGUUAGCUGACAAUGGAAGCAGAGCAAAAAUUAAAAAUUCCAUUAAGUUGCAAACACUUGUAAGGUGCCCGGCAGCUGACCAGCCAAAGUUAUCUACAUCUAAGCGCUCUUUUAAUUCAGACUUAAUUAUCAAAUGCUCCAAACCGCAAGCAAGCUGCAGUAAAGGGCAGUAAGUUUUUAUUAGCCGACAAGCUUUUAAGUUGGCUUAAAG